AAGAGAGCUAUUCUGUGCUCUGUUUUUGACUCUGCAAGAGCUCAUCCAAGCACAGUCACCAUGUGCAAGCUACUUCUAAUUGCAGGUUUCUGUCUUUCCCUUGGCAGUUUGGUCUCGGGCUCCAGACUGGUGUGUUAUUUCUCUAACUGGUCCCAAUACAGACCUGGGGAUGGGAAGUUUAUGCCUUCAAAUAUUGACCCAAACCUUUGUACCCACCUGAUCUAUGCCUUUUCUGGUAUUAAUGAAGCAAAUGAGUUGGUAACCAUAGAAUGGAAUGAUGAGGAACUCUACAAGUCAUUUAAUGGACUCAAACAGAGGAAUCCAAAUCUUAAAACGCUGUUGGCAGUUGGAGGCUGGAACUUUGGUACACAAAAAUUUACAACAAUGGUGUCAACACAAGCCAACAGAAAUACAUUUAUCCAGUCCUCUAUCGCACUGCUGAGAAAAUAUGGUUUUGAUGGAUUGGACCUGGACUGGGAAUACCCUGCGGCGAGAGGAAGUCCUCUAGAGGACAGGCAGAGAUUCACAGAGUUAUGCAAGGAAAUCCUAGAGGCCUACAAGGCUGAGGGAACAGCAACUGGCAAGACCAGAUUGAUUAUCUCUGCUGCUGUGGCUGCUGGGAAAGCAACCAUUGAUGCUGGUUAUGAAAUUGCAGAGAUGGCAAAGUACCUGGAUUUUAUUAAUGUGAUGACAUAUGACUUUCAUGGCACCUGGGAGAGUGUGACAGGACAUCAUAGCCCCUUAUACAAAGGAUCCCAAGACACCGGGGAUCAUGUUUACUUAAAUACUGACUAUGCCAUGAGGUAUUGGUGGGACAAGGGAACGCCUGUAGAAAAACUAAAUAUGGGCUUUGCUACAUACGGACGAACAUUUCGACUGUCUACUCAAUCCAGUCAGGUUGGCGCACCAGCCAGUGGUUCCGCAGAAGCUGGUGUUUUUACAAGGGAGGCUGGCUUCUGGUCCUAUUAUGAGAUUUGCACUUUUCUUCAAGGGGCCAGUAUCCAUUUGAUUGAAGACCAAAAAGUUCCCUAUGCCAUCAAAAAAAACGAGUGGGUUGGAUAUGACAACAAAGAAAGUUUUGAGACUAAGGUCCGUUAUCUGAAGGACAACAGAUUUGGAGGAGCCUUUGUCUGGGCUUUGGAUCUGGAUGACUUUAAUGGACAGUUCUGUGGACAAGGAAACUACCCCCUCAUCAGCUAUCUUCGCUCUCUUUUGGCUGCAGAUCUUCCUCUGCUUCCCACUGCAGAAGCUCCUCCAACUCAAGUGACUCUGUCUGUGACCAAAGACCAGCCUCACACAACGGUUCAAUUCAGACCUACAAUUUCACCCAAAAUCCCAGACAACAACUUCUGUGCUACAAAGACUGGUGGUGUUUAUGCAAAACCUGAUGCUCCAGGUUCUUUUUACAGUUGUACAAAUGGCAUCACCUGGAUCCUAAACUGUCCAGCUAAUUUAGUCUUUCGAGAUAGCUGCAAAUGCUGUGACUGGCCCUAAAAGCUCGCACAUCAUUUUACAUUCCACAAGCUGUGGUUAUCAACAGUGAGGAAAAAACAUUCAGGAUUUACAAUUUCAUGAGUGUAUUUGGUGUUAAAUUAAUUAAAGAGUGUGUAUGCUCUA